AUGGCUGCUCUGCAAAGCAACAUCUCGCCGUCGUCCUCAUCCUUCCGCUUCAUGGGUCUUCUCAAACAACCCGACUCCGACCCGCUCGAGCUCGACGAGAGCGACGUCGUUUGGUCCGCCGACUACUCCCCCGAAAACUUCGCCUACGCCGCCCCUCCUCCGCCUCCGCCGCCCGGCCUCCACCGUGCUCACACUCACUUCAAGCCGUCCACGUCCGGCCUCUCCGCAGCGCUCGCCGGAGACUGCGGGAAUCUCGUGCGCCGCAAAUCCACCCUCAAUCCUUCCUUCUCCGCCGCCGCCUCGGCGGCGAGAGUGAUUCCGGCGGUGAAUUCCCGUCCCAGCUCCCACGGCGUCGCGAAGUUCCACCAGUCGGCGCCCGUGAACGUGCCGGUGUGGGCGAAGAAGAACACCGCCGGCGCCGGAGAAAUGGAACGGUGCGAGGAAGCGGAAGCGGAAGAUGAGCUCGACGACGAGGAUGAGGAAAUGGUGCCGCCGCACGUGAUCGUGGCUAGGUCGCACGUGACGUUCUCCGUCUUCGAAGGCGUUGGACGGACGCUCAAAGGGAGAGAUUUGCGGCGUGUUCGCAACGCCGUUUUUCAGAAAACAGGUUUCAUUGAUUGA